UCCCCGCCAUUCGCCCCACAUCGAAACCCUAAGUCUCUCCGAAGUCUUGUGAGCCUCCUCUGUGUUCGGAAAUGGCGGAGACGGAGACGUUUGCAUUCCAGGCGGAGAUCAACCAGCUGCUCAGUCUCAUCAUCAACACUUUCUAUAGCAACAAGGAGAUUUUCCUUCGUGAGCUCAUCAGCAAUUCCUCCGAUGCUCUGGACAAGAUAAGAUUUGAGAGCUUGACUGACAAGAGCAAGCUUGAUGCACAACCUGAGCUUUUCAUCCAUAUAGUCCCAGACAAGACCAACAACAGUCUCACUAUCAUUGACAGUGGAAUUGGAAUGACCAAGGCUGACCUGGUGAACAAUCUUGGUACCAUUGCAAGGUCUGGAACCAAAGAGUUCAUGGAAGCUUUAGCUGCUGGUGCUGAUGUGAGCAUGAUUGGACAGUUUGGUGUUGGAUUCUACUCGGCUUACUUGGUGGCUGAGAAGGUGAUUGUUACUUCCAAGCACAAUGAUGAUGAACAGUAUGUCUGGGAGUCACAGGCUGGUGGCUCCUUCACUGUCACUAGGGAUACCUCUGGUGAGAGCCUUGGUAGGGGUACUAAGAUCACCCUCUAUCUUAAAGAAGACCAGUUGGAAUACCUUGAGGAGCGCCGACUCAAGGAUCUCAUUAAGAAGCAUUCUGAAUUUAUCAGCUACCCUAUUUCUCUUUGGAUUGAGAAGACCACUGAGAAGGAGAUUUCUGAUGACGAAGAUGAAGAAGACAAGAAGGAUGAGGAGGGUAAGGUAGAGGAAGUUGAUGAGGAGAAAGAAAAAGAAGAGAAGAAAAAGAAGAAGAUCAAGGAAGUGUCACAUGAGUGGUCCUUGGUCAACAAGCAAAAGCCCAUCUGGAUGAGGAAACCUGAGGAGAUUACUAAAGAAGAGUAUGCCGCAUUUUACAAGAGUCUCACCAAUGACUGGGAGGAGCAUCUGGCUGUGAAACACUUUUCUGUUGAGGGACAGCUUGAGUUCAAGGCCAUCCUAUUUGUUCCCAAGAGGGCACCCUUUGACCUAUUUGACACAAGGAAAAAACCCAACAAUAUCAAGCUCUAUGUUCGUCGUGUUUUCAUCAUGGACAACUGUGAGGAGUUGAUCCCCGAGUACCUGGGAUUUGUGAAGGGUAUUGUGGAUUCUGAGGAUCUCCCCCUCAACAUCUCUAGAGAGAUGCUCCAGCAGAACAAGAUCCUCAAGGUUAUCCGCAAAAAUUUGGUUAAGAAAUGCCUUGAACUCUUCUUUGAAAUUGCUGAGAACAAGGAUGAUUACAAUAAAUUCUAUGAGGCAUUCUCAAAGAACCUAAAGCUUGGGAUUCAUGAGGACUCCCAGAACAAAGGUAAGCUUGCUGAAUUGCUUCGCUACCACUCCACCAAGAGCGGAGAUGAGCUGACCAGUCUUAAGGAUUAUGUCACAAGGAUGAAGGAAGGGCAGAAUGAUAUCUAUUAUAUCACAGGAGAGAGCAAGAAGGCUGUUGAGAAUUCUCCAUUCCUUGAAAAGCUGAAGAAGAAGGGUUAUGAGGUUCUGUUCAUGGUUGACGCCAUUGAUGAGUAUGCAGUGGGGCAACUGAAGGAGUUUGAGGGGAAGAAGCUUGUCUCUGCAACCAAGGAGGGUCUGAAACUUGAUGAGAGUGAGGAUGAGAAAAAGAAGCAGGAAGCUUUGAAGGAGAAGUUUGAGGGUCUCUGCAAGGUGAUGAAGGAUGUGCUCGGUGACAGGGUUGAGAAAGUUGUAGUUUCUGACCGUGUAGUGGAUUCUCCAUGCUGCUUAGUCACAGGAGAGUAUGGUUGGACGGCUAACAUGGAGAGAAUCAUGAAGGCGCAAGCAUUGAGGGAUUCUAGCAUGGCUGGGUACAUGUCCAGCAAGAAGACAAUGGAGAUCAAUCCCGAGAAUCCCAUCAUGGAGGAGCUGAGAAAGAGAGCUGAUGCAGACAAGAAUGACAAAUCUGUGAAAGACCUGGUUCUGUUGCUGUUUGAGACAGCCCUCCUUACAUCUGGCUUCAGCUUGGAUGAGCCCAACACCUUUGGCAACAGGAUCCAUAGGAUGAUGAAGUUGGGACUGAGUAUUGAUGAAGAUGGCCCUGAGGCUGACACCGACAUGCCUCCCUUGGAGGAGGCCGACGCAGAUGCCGAGGGUAGCAAGAUGGAGGAAGUUGACUAAAUCUGAUCCUUUUAAGUAAACAUCUAUCAGUUUCUGUAUCUGCAAUUCCCAAUUCCCGUUUUGCUUUUUCCCUUUUUUUUUUUUUUUAAAUUUAAAUUUACCAGUGGUGUUAGAGAUGAGAUACUAUUAUUGUCCUGUUGGUAAGCACACUCCAUGCUGUUUUGUUUUGCUAGGCGAUAAGAUCCGAGUAAUUGCAAGUUGAUGGUAUAAUGUACUUCUUCUUCUGUUCUAA